AACGCCUAACAGACUCUUGAGACCAGCCACCAAGCCACAGAAAGCGACUUUCUUCUUGCCUGGCCCUUACAUCUCUCCCAAUGGAUGCAGAGACAGGGAGCAGCGUGGAGAGUGGGAAGACGACCAACAGAGGCACUCGAAUCGCCCUGGCCGUGUUCGUUGGUGGCACCCUGGUGCUGGGCACGGUCCUCUUUCUAGUGAGUCAAGGUUUCUUAAGCCUCCAAGCUAAGCCGGAGUACUGCCUGAAGCCAGAAUGCAUCGAAGCUGCUGCUUCCAUCUUGAGUAAAGUAAAUCUGUCUGUGGACCCCUGUGAUAAUUUCUUCCGGUUUGCUUGUGAUGGCUGGAUAAACAGUAAUCCAAUUCCUGAAGAUAUGCCAAGCUAUGGGAUUUAUCCUUGGCUGAGACGUAAUGUCGACCUCAAGUUGAAGGCACUUUUGGAGAAAUCAAUCAGUAGAAGGCGGGACAUCGAAGCCAUACAGAAAGCCAAAAUCCUUUAUUCAUCUUGCAUGAAUGAGAAAGCGAUCGAAAAAGCAGAUGCCAAGCCAUUGUUACAUAUCCUGCGGCACUCACCUUUCCGCUGGCCUGUGCUUGAAUCUAAUAUCGGUCCUGAAGGGGUUUGGUCAGAGAGAAAGUUCAGCCUUCUUCAGACACUUGCGACGUUUCGUGGCCAAUACAGCAAUUCUGUGUUCAUUCGUUUGUAUGUGUCCUCUGAUGACAAGGUGUCCAACGAACACAUCUUGAAGCUGGACCAAGCAGCGCUCUCCCUAGCCGUGAGGGAAGACUACCUUGAUAAUAGCACAGAAGCCAAGUCUUAUCGGGACGCCCUUUACAAGUUCAUGGUGGAUACUGCCGUGCUUUUGGGAGCUAAUAGCUCCCGAGCAGAGCAUGACAUGAAGUCGGUGCUUAGGUUGGAAAUUAAGAUAGCUGAGAUAAUGAUUCCACAUGAAAACCGAACCAGUGAGGCCAUGUACAACAAAAUGAACAUUUCCCAACUGAGUGCUAUGAUUCCCCAGUUUGACUGGCUGGGCUUCAUCAAGAAGGUCAUUGAUGUCAGACUCUACCCCGAACUGAAAGACAUCGGCCCCUCAGAGAAUGUGGUGGUCCGUGUCCCUCAGUACUUUAAGGAUUUGUUUAGGAUAUUAGGCUCUGAGAGGAAGAAGACUGUUGCCAACUAUUUGGUGUGGAGGAUGGUUUAUUCCAGAAUUCCAAACCUAAGCAGGCGCUUUCAGUAUAGGUGGCUGGAAUUCUCACGGGUAAUCCAGGGUACCACAACUUUGUUGCCUCAGUGGGACAAGUGUGUCAACUUUAUUGAAAGUACGCUCCCUUAUGUUGUUGGAAAAAUGUUUGUGGAUGUACACUUCCAGGAAGACAAGAAGGAGGUGAUGGAGGAAUUGAUUGAGGGUGUUCGAUGGGCCUUUAUUGACAUGCUGGAGAAAGAAAAUGAGUGGAUGGAUGCAGGGACGAAAAGGAAAGCCAAAGAAAAGGCAAGAGCUGUUUUGGCAAAAGUUGGCUAUCCUGAAUUUAUAAUGAAUGAUACUCAUGUUAAUGAAGACCUCAAGGCAGUCAAGUUUUCAGAAUCUGACUACUUCGGCAACGUCCUGCAAACCCGCAAGUAUUUAGCACAGACUGAUUUCUUCUGGCUGAGAAAAGCUGUUCCAAAAACAGAGUGGUUUACAAAUCCAACGACUGUCAAUGCCUUCUACAGCGCAUCCACCAACCAGAUCCGAUUUCCAGCAGGAGAGCUCCAGAAACCUUUCUUUUGGGGAACAGAAUAUCCUCGAUCUCUGAGUUAUGGCGCUAUAGGAGUAAUUGUUGGACAUGAAUUUACACAUGGAUUUGAUAAUAAUGGUAGAAAAUAUGAUAAAAAUGGAAACCUGGACCCUUGGUGGUCUGUUGACUCAGAAGAAAAGUUUAAGGAAAAAACAAAGUGCAUGAUUAGCCAGUAUAGCAACUAUUAUUGGAAGAAAGCUGGCUUACACGUAAAGGGGAAGAGGACCCUGGGAGAAAAUAUUGCCGAUAAUGGAGGUCUGCGACAAGCUUUUAGGGCUUACAGGAAAUGGAUAAAUGACAAGAGGCAGGGGGUUGAGGAGCCUCUCCUACCCGGCAUUGAAUUCACCAACAGCCAGCUUUUCUUCCUGAGUUAUGCUCAAGUGAGGUGCAAUUCCUACAGACCAGAAGCUGCCCGAGAACAAAUCCAAGUUGGUGCUCACAGCCCCCCUCAGUUUAGGGUCAAUGGUGCAGUUAGCAACUUUGAAGAAUUCCAGAAGGCUUUUAACUGUCCAUCCAAUUCCACGAUGAACAGAGGCACGGACUCCUGCCGACUCUGGUAGCUGGACUGUUGGUUUAUGCCAUCCUGAGAGAGUUGUGCAGUGCUCAUCACCUACUGCUUUAGGCCUGUGUUCCCCUGAGGUUGUUUAUUUUUGAUGCAUCUUCAUUACUUGGGUAUUGCUUAGAUCUAAACAGUAUCUAUUCAGAGUUGUAAGGCUUAAAAAAAUGGAAUGCAAAAAAUCGAAUCAAGUAUGUUUCUAUAGAAAACCAAACCAACAAAAAUAAGUCCCUAGGCUGCUUUUGUUAAAA